AACAUAAGAUUGGGAGAGUUUCAAGGACAAACUCUCAUCUUAUUCAACUGCUCAUCCACGCUUAAAUUUCAGUUCUCAAAUGGGUGAGAUUGUGGAUUUUUCCUAAUUUAUGUCUGAAUUUAUUUCUACUGUUAAUCCAAUAAAUCCCACUGUUUUUAAUAUUGAGAAACAUAUUAUAUUACGUUCAAGGAAAAAACUAUUUAAAGCAUGUUCUUUCUCUGUUUUUAGACUUGACGCUAUUCUUUUCUAUAUGCAUCAAAUGCUUAGAAUUAUUGCGAAACUAGUUUGUUAACUCAAGGAAAGAAACAUGUCGUCUGUUCCAAUACAACCCCAUUUGAACCAAUUGGUUCUAGCAGCGCUUGAAAAAUGCAGUCAACUCAAUCACCUUAAGCAACUCCAAGGCUUUCUUAUUUCUCUUGGUCAUUCACGAACACAAUUCUUUGCCUUCAAGCUCGUUCGCUUCUGUAACCUUACUCUUGCUGACUUAUGUUACGCUCGCUUCAUUUUUGAUCAUUUAACUUCCCCAAAUGUUUAUCUCUAUACUGCAAUGAUCACAGCGUAUGCUUCACAACCUGAUCCUAAAGCCGCGUUUCUUUUGUACCGUAAUAUGGUCCGCCAUGGAGCCCCUCGACCCAACCAUUUUAUCUACCCCCAUGUCCUUAAAUCUUGCCCUGAGGUUUUGGAGUCCAAUGGCACGAAGAUGGUUCAUACCCAGGUCCUGAAAUCUGGAUUUGGUCAAUACCCAGUUGUCCAAACGGCCAUUGUUGAUUCGUAUUCAAGGUUUUGUUCAGAUCUUGGGAAUGCAAGACAAAUGUUCGACGAAAUGCUUGAGAGAAGUGUAGUGUCUUGGACGGCCAUGAUUUCGGGGUAUGCGAGGCUUGGGAACGUUGAUAGUGCAAUAGAGCUGUUUGAAAGUAUGCCGGAGAGGGAUGUUCCUGCUUGGAAUGCUCUUAUUGCUGGAUGUGCUCAAAAUGGAUUCUUCUGUGAAGCAAUUUGGUUAUUCAAAAGAAUGGUCUCACUGGCGCUGGAGGGUAAUAAUAACGAGCGUGAAAAUAAGCCGAAUAAGAUCACAGUCGCGUCUGCACUAUCAGCUUGUGGUCAUACCGGGAUGCUUCAUCUUGGUAAGUGGAUUCAUGGUUAUGUUUUCAAAAAUUACUUUGGUCAGGAUUCAUUUAUCUCGAAUGCGUUGCUAGAUAUGUAUGGGAAAUGUGGCAAUUUGAAAGUUGCGAGGAGAGUUUUUGACAUGAUUAGUUUAAAAAGCUUGACAUCAUGGAAUUCCUUGAUAAAUUGUCUUGCCCUCCAUGGCCAUAGUGGAAGUGCAAUUGAUUUGUUUGUAGAGUUGGUUCAAUGUGGGGAUGGUGUAAAGCCAGAUGGGGUUACCUUUGUGGGUGUGUUGAAUGCUUGUACUCAUGGCGGAUUAGUUGAAAAAGGGUACUCAUACUUUGAAAUGAUGAGGCGGGAUUACGACAUCGAGCCUCAGAUCGAACACUUUGGGUGCUUGAUAGACCUUCUUGGCCGUGCAGGGCGGUUUGAGGAAGCAAUGGAAGUUGUGAGAGGCAUGAAUAUUGAACCAGAUGAGGUUGUAUGGGGUUCUUUACUAAAUGGAUGCAAAAUCCAUGGCCGUCCAGAUUUAGCUGAAUACUCAGUGAAAAAGUUGAUUGAGAUGGAUCCAGAAAACGGCGGUUAUAGAAUUAUGCUAGCAAAUAUAUAUGCCGAGCUUGAAAAGUGGGAUGAGGUUCGCAAGGUUCGGAAACUUUUGAAGGAGCAAAACGCUUAUAAAACACCAGGUUGCAGUUGGAUUGAGGUUGAUAAUCAGAUUUAUCAGUUCUAUUCUUUUGACAUGACACAUCCCAGUGCAGAACAAAUAUAUAAAACCUUAGAAAGUAUGAUCAGCUUUAUGUAAAAAAGAAAAUGACGUUUUGACAUCAGAUUGGAGCACUUUCUACAUUUCAUUCUAAUGCUAUUGGUAAUCACAAUUUAUCAUAUGAGAAAGUCGAACCACAGAGGAUCGUCAAGCUCUACCGAGCUCCUCUCCUUCCAAUGGCACAGUCUUCUUUGAGGUCAGUUAAAAAAAGAAAAAAAAAAAAAAAAGCUUAAUGAAAGAAGUCUUCUCUAUUCUAAAGCUUGAUCUGUGCUAUUGUUUCUAAGUACUACAAGCACAAUUGACAACAGGUGCAAAACAAAAGGACAAUAAUUGGAGGCAAUUGAUUGAUAGGCUUAGAGAUCAAUGCAAGCAACUUUGAAUGAAUUGUGCCUUCUUUAUAUGCUUGUGUUGACCCUUUCACAGCAUAGAAGCUAGUAGUAUAGUUCAAUUGCUGUUGAUAAAAUUGCCCGAAGAAGAUUUUUUUGGAGUUCUGUGAACAAAUUAAUGACUGUGAGCUAUUUCUAUGAAGUUGAAAGGUAUGUGACUGUUUUAGUUAUGUCUACCAAGUUGUUCAUGGAGAUCUAUUAGUGCAUAAGUUUGAAGAAUUGACAUCUCAACGGUGAAGUAUUCCAUCUGGGAGACUAUUUUGUAUCAAUGCUUUUGAUGAGUUACAAAGAACCUGUAUCAUUUGUAGAAGGCUGAAAUUUUUUGGCUCGAUUUUAUUCCUUUGAUGCCCUUUGGAGGGGAUAAUCACAUUUUCUUUUAUGUGAAAAGGGAGAGAUUUUGUAUCAUUUAUGGAUGAUGUUAUUUCUUAUUUCAGCCUUUCUGGUGGACGCUAAACAAGUCUGUUUGUAAGUACAAUAUUACUAAUUAAUGAUAAGGCCAUUUAAUAGGCAUUGGAAAA